AUGCUUGCUGAAGAAAUGGCGGACUUCAAGGCUUACCUUGACGAGCUUGAACAAGACUUUACUGUCGACACAACAAAGCUCAAAGAUGUCACGGACCACUUUGUCCAGGAACUGGAAAGAGGACUGAGUGUCACAGGCGGCAGCAUUCCCAUGAACCCAACAUGGGUGAUGAACUAUCCCGAUGGCAAUGAGACGGGAAAGUACCUGGUUCUCGAUAUGGGCGGCACAAACCUACGUGUAUACUCCAUUCAACUCACCAGUGAAAAGUGUGGAUUCGAAAUCCGUCAAGAAUCACACAAACUGCCCGACGAACUCAGGACUGGAAAGGCUGACCAGCUUUGGGAUUUUAUUGCGGGACAUCUUGAGUCGUUCCUCCGCAACGCUGGUUUCGACUUGAGUAUUGAGACAGAUUUGAGCUUUAUCUUUUCGUUCCCUACGACGCAGAGAACGAUAGAUGAGGGAAUCCUGCAGAGAUGGACGAAGGGGUUCAACGUGGCUGAUAGCGAGGGGCAAGAUGCUGCUGCGUCGUUAAGACGAGCUAUUGAUAAGAAGAGUCUGCCACUGAAAGUCAAAGUCGUAACAAACGACACAACGGCGACAAUGAUGGCAUCUGCGUAUCUCAACACCGAAACGGCCAUCGGUUGUGUUUUUGGAACAGGUUGCAACGGUGCUUAUUUCGAGAAGAUCGAUGCUAUUCCCAAGCUUGCGAACGAUAACCUUAAUGGUGAAGAAUUCAUGGCUAUCAACUGUGAAUGGGGCGCUUUUGACAAUGAGCACGCCGUGCUGCCUUUGACGUCGUAUGACAUUGCCAUUGAUGAGGCGUCCCCGAGAAAAGGACAGCAGGCUUUUGAAAAGAUGGUCGCAGGUCUCUACUUGGGCGAGCUGUUCCGUCGUGUUGUUCUGGAGAUUCAUCAGAGAGAUCCGGAGUCUUUCUUGAAUGGGCAAAGUACAGAGAUAUUGCAUGAUCCUUACUGUGUUGACUCUUCUUUCCUGUCUGCUAUCGAAGAGGAUACAUCAGAAGGUCUACGUCAAGCCUACGACAUAUGCGUAUCAAGUCUCGGCAUCUCCCCAACGCAACCCGAGCUCCAAUUCAUGAAAGCAAUCGCCAAACUAAUCACCACCCGUGCUGCUCGUCUAUCAGCCACAGGUGUAGCAGCCAUCUGCCAAAAGCGUGACAUUCAGACCUGCCACGUCGGCGUUGAGGGAUCACUGUUUGAGAAACACCCUCACUUCCAGUUGGAGCUGUCGAAGGCUGUUAGUGAGAUUCUGGCUUCUGAUGCUGCGCCUGAGUCGAGGAAGGACCAUGUUGAGUUUAUGCUUUCGCCCGGUAGUGGCGUUGGUGCUGCUGUUAUUGCGUCGACUUUGAAGCAGAGAUGA